AGAGUGGCUGAGAGAUAAGGAGCAGUGAGCAUGAGCGGCUGGACUGCGCGCACUGCCUCUCUGCACAAGCCCAUCCCCAGUGGCUAGCUAUAACGAGCCGCAACGUCCGCAACUCUUCUCAGCCAGCCCUACUCUGUGGAUAUAACCAAGGGCUCCUCUGGAACUCCCCAACAACCCCCCCCCCCCACCUCCCCACCCGCCCAUCACCACCCACAAAUUUCCACCAGCCCCCACUACCAACAACUCUUUUUUAAAAAAGCAACUCAAAGGGAAAAAAUAACCAACAUCAAAAAGUUUUGCAUAAUAGCAAGAAAUGGGAGACAUGGGAGAUCCGCCCAAAAAAAAACGCCUUAUUUCACUGUGUGUCGGCUGUGGGAAUCAGAUUCAUGACCAGUAUAUUCUUCGAGUUUCUCCGGAUCUGGAAUGGCAUGCGGCUUGUCUGAAAUGUGCAGAGUGUAAUCAGUAUUUGGACGAAACGUGUACCUGUUUCGUUAGGGAUGGAAAAACGUACUGCAAGAGAGACUAUAUUCGAUUAUACGGAACUAAGUGUGCAAAGUGUAAUAUAGGAUUCAGUAAGAAUGACUUUGUGAUGAGAGCUCGCAGUAAGGUGUAUCACAUCGACUGUUUCCGCUGUGUGGCGUGCAGUCGCCAGCUCAUCCCCGGUGAUGAAUUCGCAUUGCGGGAAGACGGACUCUUCUGCCGGGCUGAUCACGAUGUUGUAGAGCGAGCCUCAGUCGGCCCAGAUCCCCUCAGUCCUAUGCACGGCAACAGACCCCUACAGAUGGCGGCAGAGCCCAUUUCUGCCCGACAACCCGCAUUGAGGCCGCACGUUCACAAACAACCCGAGAAGACGACUCGGGUGCGGACAGUUCUGAACGAGAAGCAGCUCCAUACGUUACGGACUUGUUAUGCAGCCAACCCCAGGCCCGAUGCGCUCAUGAAGGAGCAGCUGGUAGAAAUGACAGGCUUGAGCCCCCGUGUCAUUAGAGUCUGGUUUCAAAACAAGCGUUGCAAGGACAAGAAAAAGAGCAUCCUCAUGAAACAACUGCAACAGCAACAGCCCAACGACAAAACAAAUAUCCAGGGGAUGACAGGGACCCCAAUGGUGGCUGCCAGUCCUGAGAGACAUGACAGCAGUUUGCAAGCCAAUCCAGUGGAGGUGCAGAGUUACCAGCCACCUUGGAAAGUUUUGAGUGACUUCGCUUUGCAGAGUGAUAUAGAACAGCCUGCAUUUCAGCAACUGGUGAGUGCCAGCAACAUGCAGAACACCAUCACCACUACCACAAUACAGACUGCACCAGAAAUCACUGCAAUCAGGGGAUCUGCAACACACCAAUCCAUAUAUAGACAAUUCAUGGAUAUAAAAAUUGCAGAAUCCCUCUUUUGCCAGCCUUAGUAUUUUCAUUUUGACGACCAUCAAGAAUGUAGAAGGUUAAAAACAAUCUGUAAUGUUUACUCAAGCUUUCUCCCAUAUUCAAAUAUAGUUUGUGUUUAACAUUUUACACUGAUGGCUUUUUGUCUGAACCAUGCACUUCUAUUUAUUUCAAGUGUUGUCAAACAAGCAUUUUAAAUCACAUAUUUCAAAUUUGAAACACUACUAAUUAUUUAACUUUAAAGGAUAGAUGGAAAGGAGAACCUACAGUAUUGCAGGCAGGACGCAUGAAUGAUGAGAUAAACAGAUUUGAACUUCAAUAAAACUGAAACAAAAUGGAUGUUGUUGCUAUAUUCUCCUCAACUUUAGGUUUAGUGUUCACAAAAUUGGUUGGAUUGAUAUUAAGGAAAUCCCUUCUGCUAAUUUUUUAAGUAAAGAUUACCUGUGAAGAAUGGAGCUCAAGGUUCUUUAUUUCACCUAACUCUUUUGUAAAGGUAAAUAUAAAGAAUCCAGCUUUAUAUGAUCGCAGUGAUAGUGCAAUAUUGUCACUGGAUAAUUAGCCACAUUUGUUUAAUCAUUUAGAAUGUGCUACACUGGCUGUUUUAUAUUUUGUAAAGUACUGCUACCCCCAGUUGCUAUACUGAAUUGGAGUACAGCCUAAAUUGUGCUUCCCUUUGGCACUUAACAUACAACAUGUUUGGAUUACAGAAGUAAAUAUAUUGGUAAAGAGGGGUCUGCAAAAUGCAUGUAAUGUAUAAUAAAAUUAAUAAGCGUUGUAAACUCAUUCAACUUAACUCUUUGAGGCCAGUGCUGAAUCCUUUACAGGAAUCCCAAAACAAAUUAUGGAAAAUGUCCUGCCUUUCUUGUUUGGAGUUCACUGCACUUUCAUGUCAUUUAUUUAGUUAAUGACAGGAAAUUUUCUCUUUCUUCAAUGAGCAAAGAAAGUGCAGUGCUCAAGGGGCUAAAUCCAUAUGUAAUGUUUUAAUAUAUAUAAUAAAUUUCCACAAUAUAUAUCAAUUCAUUAUGUACCUUUGGAAAAAUAUGUACAAUUUUACACCAUUGAAUGUUGCACUGAGAAAUGUAACUAGCCCUAUUGUGCUUUGCUUGGAGACCUUGAUUUUGCCAUUGUUUUCAACUUAGAUACAUAGCACUUUAAAGGUAACUUAGCAAAAAGCCCUUUCUGUUUAUUGUAAUUUAAUUGUUAUUAAUGACAAAAUUAAUGCAAUUCAUUGUAAAACUGUAGUUAAAAUGGUCAAAAAUAUAUUUUUAAUGAAUGUUAUUUUUGGAUAUGCGCGACUUUGGAUUGAUAUCAACAUUUUAAAGAGGCCAGCGAUCAUUGAUUUGCUAUGAUUUUUACAGGUUAAUUUUUCAGAGGGAGGGCCAGGUUCUAACUCCACUGGAAGUGAAGUAGCGUCCAUGUCCUCCCAACUCCCUGACACACCAAAC